AUGGAUAAAGACAAAGAGGAACCGACAUCUACCAGCAGUCAGGGAAGCAGGAGCUCCCGAGGAUCACAACAAAGCGCAGUUGAUCCAUAUAAGAAGGAAUACAAGUCGCUCGCGCGUCCAGUCGGACAUGAUAGACAGACCCGAGCGGCUGUGACCUUUGCAAGAAAAGACAGCAAAGGCAGUGAUAGCACAUACCAAGUGGCGCUUGGAGCUACACAGAAUGAGGAGAGCUCCAGCGGUGACGGAAAGGAUACUCCCGCAUCUGCGGCGGGAAGUCAUCCGAUGAACCAGACAAAGGUCACCGGGGAGGAUAAACCCACAGAAAGGGGAGCGGAACCAGUUGGAGCAUCACAGCUUGAUGCCACCAUUAGUGGAACGAAUGAGCAGGAUAAAAAUGUGAACCUGGCUCAAGUGGAUGAGAGAAACACAAAGGUCACCGAAGAGGAACUGACUGAACUGGGAUUGGAUGACCUUUCACUGAAUGAUAAGACCGCAGGCGAUGACCUUUGGUCAACUCCAAUGGUCUCAGAUGAAUCGAAUGAGUCUUACUUCACGGAUGACGAAGCGACGAUGAAUAUGUCCUUCCAAACCGCGAUGAAGGAGGCUGACCGUGCUGAAGGGAUAACACCUUUCAAAGAUAUACCGGAGCACCUAAUCGAACGGACACAAACAGGAAAGGUCAUCAACGUACGACCACCGUCACCUAACAGUCCCACGUCAACUCUGAAGAGACGCGUGAAGGAGUUGGAAGAGGAACUCGAAGCCAAGGAAGGCCUGGUGACGAAAAGGAAACAGGAAUAUCAAAAUCGGAUAGGAACUCUGGAUGCUCGUAUCUAUGAACUGGAGCAACAACAGGCCGACUUGGAAAGCGCAGCGGAUGAAUGGAAGAUUAAAUACGAGCGUCAAAAAGAACUCGCUGAAGAGUACCUCAAAAUGGUAGAUGACAGAGAAAUGGAAGGUCAUCUUGCGGUUAGCGAGUUGAACGAGAGUAUGUCAGAAGAAUCAGCUGAAAGGUCACGACACUUAGCCGAAUUGAAGGACGAGUGUGACCAGUUGCGUCAAAAGGUCACUGAAGCUGAAACUAAACGGGACGAAUACGCGACCAAAUUCGCAGAGGUCACACAACGGUUAACGACAUUGGCAACGGAGACGUUCAAACUAAGGAAUGACCUGAAGCUACGGGAGGAGGCUGUCAGUACUCUGCAACUAGAAUCGAAAGGUCAUCAGGAACGGGCGGACGAAGCUGAGAAGUUGCGCAAUGAUGCAAUCAAAGCGAUGCGAGAGGCUAGAGACAUCACAGCUACUGAAGGAGAACGCCUGAAAGAAGAAAUCAAAAAGAAGGAAGCACGGCGACUGGACACAAUGGUCACAACAUUGGAGCUGAAGGACAAAGAGUGGCAACAACAGGUCGCUCAAAAGAGUCAGGAGAUUGCAAAGCUGAACACUGACCUCGUCGAGAUGACCACCACAGCAUUGGCAAAAGAUGAUGAGUUGAUCGCAAUCAAGGAUCAGCUGAGAUCAGCCGCUGGGCAGUAUCAGCAACUCGAAAAUGAAACGAGUGAGCUGGUCGAGCACAUCAAAAAGAUGGAACGGGAAAAUGAAAAGGUCACCCAGCAGGAGUCUUUUAAACUGCAGGAACACUUACGAAGGGUCAACCUGGAAAAUUCUGAUCUAAAGAGAGAAAGAGAAGAACUUCAACUGAGGACUAAACGAUUGGAAGAUGAGAACAAGGCGCUCCAGACGUCAAAUAAGCACAAAGAUGAACAACUCCUACAAUAUGGAGUUAAAACGGCAACAGUGGAGUCCCCUCCGCCCAGUUACA